UGCGCCAACCCCACCGAUUAAAAAUGUGGUUCCUUCUAUUAAACAUUUUUUCUCUUCUUCCUUUAUCUCUUUCUGAAUUCCGUUUGAAUCCAAAUUUGGAACUGAAUGGCAGCGCGAUAGCACUUGGUCCAGAGAGGGAAAAACAGGAAAUCAAACCGAAUACUACGGACAGACUUUGCACAAAACCGGAUGCCAUAUAUCAAUCUGCCGGUCCCAUUAAUAUUUAUCUUAAUGGUGGACUCAUUCAACAAGGUAAAAGUAAUUUUACAACAGACCAGAAUGUAUGCAGCUGUCCACGGGGACCUCCCGGUCCAAGGGGUGCCAGAGGACCUCAAGGUGUGAAGGGUGAAAGAGGGGAGCCCGGGCCUCCUGGAGGGGCAAUUAAUGCAACACGCACGGCAGACGAUGUAUUCGUGGCUUUCUCCGUGGUUUUGGAGGCAAGACCGUUUGGACCAUACAGUUAUUACAAGAUAGUACAGUUCGACAACGUGAUCACCAACGUCGGAUCGGGGUAUAACGAGGAUAAGGGAGUAUUUACAGCACCGGUCCGAGGAUACUACCAGUUCCACGUCCACGCCCACACCAUAGUAAACAAGCAGGCAGAAGUCAGGGUCAUGUUCAACAGCGAGAGGGUGGUCACUGUUUGGGCCGAUGGUACGGUUGGAAAGGAGGAAGAUAAUGAUGCCCCGAGGAGUCAUAUGAGCCCGUUCAUGCAAACACCGAAACAGAAGUCCUCCCCAAAAGAAGUGCAUGAAAUGGGGUCUUCAAACAGCUUCAUCAUUAAAAUGAACCAAGGCCAAAAAAUUUACUGCCUUCUACCAGCAAACCAAGUAUUGGCUGGUCUUGGGUUUUCUUCAUUUUCUGGGCAUUUGCUUAAAGUUGCAAAACAUUGAUUCUAAAAUCUAUACAUUAAAAUUAAAGAAAUAACAAAAUCAA